AAAAGCAUACCUAAAUUCCCAUAUAUUUCACACACUUCUCUCGCUCCCCUCUCCUCGUAUCUCUCCACGACCAAAAAGUAUCAUAAUCCUAAGCUAGACGAAGAACCAACUCUCCAUAGGAAUUACGCUUGCAUACUAGAAAUAGAUACGAAGAUCACUGCCUACCAAAUCCACCCUCACCCUAAUUAUAAAUAAAUAAAUAAAUUCCUAAUCCAGCACAAACCAUCCAAAUAUAUAUAUCUUUCCUUAAUUGACGAGUUCUUCCUCCAUAGCUAGCUCAGUUCAUAAAAAGCAGAUGAAAAUAGAAGCCUUUCUUGAUCUCACUCUAUUCUUAAACUUCCUUUGACUUCAUAACUUAUUGUCGAGUAACAAGCUAAGACCCUGAGACAGAAAAUGAGAGCAGGAGGUUGCACAGUGCAACAAGCUCUAACAGCGGAGGCAGCAAGUGUUAUUAAACAAGCAGUGACUCUUGCUAGAAGGAGAGGCCACGCCCAAGUCACUCCUCUCCAUGUUGCUAGUACCAUGCUUUCUGCCUCCACUGGCCUACUGAGAACAGCUUGCCUUCAGUCACCCUCUCACCCUCUUCAGUGCAAAGCCCUCGAGCUUUGCUUCAAUGUCGCGCUUAAUCGCCUCCCAACAUCAACUUCAAGCCCUAUGAUAGGUACUCCCUCUCAACAGUUCCCUUCAAUCUCUAAUGCCUUGGUCGCAGCCUUUAAGCGCGCUCAGGCUCAUCAGCGGCGUGGCUCUAUUGAGAACCAGCAGCAACCUCUCCUUGCAGUGAAGAUAGAGUUAGAGCAGCUGAUGAUAUCCAUUUUAGAUGAUCCUAGUGUUAGCAGAGUCAUGAGAGAAGCUGGUUUCUCCAGUACUCAAGUGAAAAGCAAUGUUGAGCAAGCUGUUUCCUUAGAAAUAUGUUCACAGAGUGCUCCUUCUGUGAGUAUCAAGUCUAAGGAAAGCAAUGGUUUGGUCCUUCCAGAGUCUCCACCUUCGAGUCAAGGUGGAGCAAAAGCAGCAGUUUUAGAUCCAAUUAAAAAUGAAGAUGUGAUGUGUGUUAUAGAGAAUUUAAUGAAUAAAAGGAGGAGAAGUUUUGUUAUUGUAGGAGAAUCUCUGGCAAGUAUUGAAGUUGUAGUUAAAGGAGUCAAGGACAAAGUUCAAAGGGGAGAUGUUCCUGAGGGCUUGAUGGAAGUGAAGUUCUUAACAAUUCCAGUUUCCUCUUUUGGCAGUUUCUCUAGGGUAGAGGUAGAACAUAAACUUGAGGAGCUUAAAGGCCAUGUGAGAAACUACAUGGGCAAAGGAGUUGUUUUGAAUUUGGGAGAUCUUAAAUGGGCUAUUGAGAACAGGGAUAGUAGGACAUCAAGUCAUGAGCAAGGGAGCUGCUAUUUCUGUCCAUUGGAAUACCUGAUCGUAGAACUUGGCAAAUUUGCUUGUGCAACUGGAGAUAACAACGGAAGAUUUUGGCUUAUGGGGAUUGCCACUUUCCAAACUUACAUGAAGUAUAAAUCAGACCAUCCACAAGGAGACACUGUUUUGGGUCUCCAUCCACUUACAAUUCCAGCCGGCAGCUUACGCUUGAGUCUCAUCAGUGACAGUGAUCCACUACGGCAUUUGACAAGCAACAAAGCUGAAAAUGGGUGCAGAAGCUGGAUUAUACUUGAAGGUGGGGAGGACAAACAACUCACUUGCUGUUCUAAUUAUUCAGCAAAGUUUGAGACUGAAGCUCGAAACUUACCAAAUAGUACCUGUAACAGUGACUCCACUUCUACACUUCCUGCAUGGCUUCAAAAAUACAAAAAUGAGAAAAAAGUACAAAAUAGUGAUAAUCAGGAUUGUCUGCCAAUCAAAGAUCUUUGCAGAAAAUGGAACUCAUUUUGUGGUUCAAUCCACCAACAAAACUACCCUGCUGAGGAAACCCUAACUUUUUCUUCUGUAUCACCUUCUUCUUCCACUUCAUAUGACCAUCAAUACCCUAAUUUGUACCGAAACCAAAAUGAAUGGCCCAUUGUUGAACCCCAGCAGUCAUCUAGGGACAACUAUUUCUGGAACGGUACAGAGACUAUCAACAAGUGCAGCAUUGAACCAAGUUUGAGGAAGUACAUUCCAGAGCAUAAAGAUCAUACCAAACAACUACCAUUUCCAUCAAAUACUAAUUCUACUCCGAACUCAGCUUCCUCAAGUGAUGUCAUGGAAAUGGAGUAUCUCCACAAGUUCAAGGAGCUGAAUGCUGAGAACUUGAAAACCCUAUGCAAUGCAUUGGAGAAAAAAGUGCCGUGGCAGAAAGACAUAAUCCCUGAAAUAGCGGGCACUAUCUUGCAAUGCCGGUCUGGCAUGGCAAGAAGAAAGGGGAAGGUAAAAAACAGUGUGGCCAAGGAAGAAACUUGGUUGUUCUUUCAAGGAGUAGAUAUGGAAGAUAAAGAGAAGAUAGCUAGAGAAUUGGCUAGGCUAGUUUUUGGCUCCCCUGAAAGCUUCAUUUCGAUUUCUUUAAGCAGUUUUUCCUCUACAAGAGCAGAUUCAACCGAAGAUUGUAGAAACAAAAGAACAAGAGAUGAACAAAGUUGCAGCUACAUCGAGAGAUUUUCUGACGCGGUAUCAAGCAAUCCACAUAGAGUUUUCUUAGUGGAAGAUGUCGAGCAAGCAGAUUUUUUCUCUCAAAUUGGUUUCAAAAGGGCUAUUGAAAAAGGAAGAAUAACCAAUUACAAUGGUCAAGAAGUCGGCCUUAGUGAUGCUAUCAUAAUUUUGAGCUGUGAAAGCUUUAGCUCAAGAUCCAGAGCCUGCUCUCCUCCAAUCAAGCAGAGAACAGAUGGGUCACAUGAAGAAGAGAACAGCGCUGGUGCUGCAUUAAUGGAGGGCACAAACCCUUGUGUUUCUCUGGAUUUGAAUAUUUCCAUUGACGAUGAUAGCGUGGAACAUCAGUCAAUCGAUGACAUUGGCCUUCUUGAAUCUGUUGAUAGACGGAUUAUCUUCAAAAUUCAAGACUUUUGAUGGAUAGAAAAAUCAAAAUAAAUCGUGUCAUAUAUAUCAGGUGGCUUUGUUCUUAUUUGAUUGUUAUUUGAUAAAUUUUUAGCUUCUUUUAGAAUCCCUAGGGAGAUUUUGUAAAUCACUAAAUACAUUAUCAUCCAUUACGCUUCUGUAA